AUGCACGCCAGCGAGCAAGCAGGCAACAGGGCAAACUGCCAAGCAACAGGCAAUCCAGCCGUGCAAACCAAGCAAGCAAGACGGGGACGCGUGGCGCCGUGUCUAGGACAGAAGAACAAGGUCUGCGAGGCGAGAGCCCGCGAGCUGCCCAAAGGAGGCGGGCGCGCCGAGCGAAUGGAUGGGUAA